UGAGCUCCAAAACUCAGCCUAACCCCAUCCACAAUCACCACCACCACCAUCCUCCGCCGCCAGCCGCCGCCACCACCACCACCACCUCCCAUAAUUCCCCACUGACCACUUCCGCCAUAAACCCUAACCCUAACUCCCCUUCCCCUGACACCACUACCAAAUGUCCACUCCAUCUCCUACUUCCUCCUCUCCACUCGAUCACCCCUCGUCGACGCCAUAUUCGCCGGCGCUGGUCGCCGGCAAGAAACCCCAACCGGUGCCCUGGACCCACCAGCAAACAGUCCACCUGAUCCAGGCGUAUCAGGAGAAAUGGUACGCCCUGGAGCGCGGCCAGCUCAAGGCCGGCCAGUGGGAAGAGGUCGCCGCCGCUGUGGUCUCCCGGUGCGGCCACAACGGCUACCAGCCGGUGAAAUCCUCCACGCAGUGCCGCCACAAAAUGGACAAGCUCCGGAAGCGUUACAGGGAGGAGAAACGCCGCGCUUCCCUUGGCGCUGUGUGUUCCUGGCCUUACUUUCGGUUGAUGGAGGCUCUGGAAAGGGGAUUGCCGCUAUUGCCAAUUCCCGAUGGGUUUAAUGGAGAAGAGGAUUAUGAUUACGGUGAGGGAGAAGAGGAGGAGGAGGAAGAAGAAGAGGAAUCUGGGUAUAGGAGUAGGUCAAGGAGUAUCAAUUACAUAAUUCGGCAGCCGAGUUCUAGUAAUGGUUUUGGUGGGAGUGAUUCAGGGAGUUUGAAGGAGAUGGGUGGGAAGAAGAGAAAGAGAGAGGGGGUGAAGGAAAGGGAGGAGAAUGGAAGAGGGGCGGCGGCAUUGGUUUUGGCAGAGGAAAUGAGGGCAUUUGCUGGGAAGUUGUUGGGGAUGGAGAAGAAGAAGAUAGAGAUGGUGAAGGAAAUGGAGAAGAUGAGAAUGGAGAUGGAGAAUAAGAGAAUGCAUAUGAUUUUGGAUGCUGAGAAGAAGAUCAUUGAGAGUAUUCAGAAUGCUUUUGGGACGGAGGAGAAAUGAACGUUGAAGGAUAAGUCUUUUUGAAAGGUUUAGUCUUUCUCUGCAUUCUGUUUUGAUUUAGCAGUGGAAGUAUUUUGUUUCCUAAUUGCUUUACCUUUUCACUGUUUAGUUAUGGUGGUAGUAGUUUAGAGACAUCAAACUGGUUUUCAAGAUAUGGGGACUUUGUCAUAACAAUGUAAUCAUCUAGCUAAAUAUGUUUACUUGUAUUUGUACGUAAGUGUGAUAGUACAAAGACCUCUACUUUGCUAGUUCCACAGGCUUGACUCUUGGUGUUGCUACUUGCUCUGCAUUUCAUUUGAUGACCUUUCCGGAUAGUUGGAGGUGUUUUUCAUACUGUUUUUGGGUAGGCCAUGACCUGAUGAUGAAUUUCAAUUUUGCAAUAGGAUACCUGAACUGUAGCAACUUCUGUAAGUUCCUAAUGUUGUGAUUUGUACAUUUUGCCUCUCGUUGAAGGAUUUAUGCCUUUCAGUAGUUGAUUCGGAAUCAGAAUUGUACGUGUUGUUUCGUAAGCAUUGCAAAGUAACAGGUAUAAGCAAGCCACGAAGAGUUACUAUAGAUUAUGUAAGUCAUAAGCAGGUCAUGCAUCCAUAUUAAGUUAAUGAAAAGUGCUACAGUAAGAUACAUAAAGAAUCUUAGAUCUGUCGAUGGAGGAAGGUAGACAAGAGAAUGUGUGACUUGUGAGCUUUCUUGCACCUGGAGGGUUUUACACUAUAAAAUGUAGUUAGUUGCAGGCAUCAUCACGUUCAUGAUUGCGUAUAUUUCUUGGGUCCUGAAUGAAUUUCACUGAGAAGAUUUUUGUGAUAGAUUUCAGCUCAAGGGAAUUGAGAUAGCAGAGUUUAAAUUCAUCACUGGUACCUUUUCUUGAAAGAUGCAGUUUGGUAACUGUUGAAACUUGAAAGUCUUAACUCUUAUGUGAAUAUUUCAAGUAGAUAAUGAGGGAAGUUUACGAAAUGUCUUACUGAUAUCCAACUGUUCAGUCUCGAAGAAUGAAAAUGUGGAUGAAAUAAUUGAAAUGUAGCCACCUUGCAUGAUGUGCAUUUCAUACUAGUUGUAGGAAUCGAAUUACAACCAAAUUAUGUCGUCAAUGUCUAACAUCCAAGGGCUCUCUCCUCUUGCUAGUAAUUUGGAGAGUGUCUGCCAAACUAUGCAUUGUCACUAACUGUUCUAUAUUUAAAGGAUGAGAUUCUGUUAGGCGUGUGCCGGUGAUUGAAUUUUUGAACAGUUGCUUGUAUGGUUCUAAUUGUUUCUUCCUUUUGAUAUUAACCUUCUUUGCUUUCUUGAAUUUCAGGCAUUGAAGAUUAUUUUGGCACCUCUAACCAGACGGUUUUGUUGGUGUUGCUGACUGUAAUUUUGGUAUGCAACUCUAAAUAGCUCUCUUUAGUUUUGAUCUGAUUUUCUCUGGUUAUAGAACGCAGUCGUCCAUUUCGCUUUGCAGUAUCUUCUGGAAUGUUUUUAAAUAGGAGCUUCUGUUCAGUGAAAAAAAAAACAAAAGGCCUCUGUGUGUAAAAUAUCAGUUUUGGGGUUUGAUGAAUCUUCAUGAAAUUGUGGGUUCUGAUAGAACAAAUGUAUUUGAAAUGUGGCAGGUUCUUAUCGCUCCUGACGCGAACUGACUGCCAUCCGAGCUGAUGCCGGAGUCGAAAGCUAAAGAUUCUUGAAGCUUUUGUAUUGUACAGCUGAAGAGUAUGCAUUGGAUGGAAGGACAUCUCCCAAAGCAUUGAUCUGUUGCACUUGCAGAGUGUAUAUUUCUGUAUUGAAUCGUUGCAAAGGCACAGUAAUUUUAACUUUAGAAAUGAGUCUUGGUAGUCUUCUUCACACUUCCUGCUUCCACAUUGCUGCAGUUUCUUAGUAAACACAACCAGUUUGC